GUAACAAUCGUAUUGAACGAGACAAUGAAUUCAUUUUAAAAAUUGGGCACACUUCAAAAUGCCGGAUGUCAUAUUUCAAGAACUCAUGGCGCCGAAGCUGAAUUUAGCCCAUGGAUUGGAUAAACCAAUGUCAAAGGACAAAACGAGGACGAAGUUAAUCGGAGAUACGCAUCUACCAUUUGAUGUUGAAGUGCUUGACGAAAUGCGUAAAUCGGGACAAUUGUGUGACAUAGUAUUGUUACCAAAUGAUGCAAAGACUGAGUUCCACGUACAUGGGGCCCUUUUAGCCGGCUGCAGUGGGUACUUUCGUAACCUUUUUACCAAACGAUGGAUGUUUGGAGAUAAACAAAGGAUAAACGUUCCCGAAGCAACGACGGAAAUGUUAGCUCUUAUCAUCAACUAUGCGUACAGUAACCGACCAUGUGUAACGUCCAAAAAUGUAGAAAAACUACUGCCAAUAGCACGGGAUAUAAAUUACCCAGGUCUCCUCGAAGAAUGUUGUAUCUUCUUGGAAGGAAUGUUGGCACCAACAAACUGUGUAGGUAUUGAAAAAUUUGCAGCAUAUUACGAAUGUCCAAACCUCAAGGAAAAAGCACGUCAGUUUCUUUUGGUGAACUUUCAUGAAGUUGCACGGGAUAGUAAUGAACUAUUAACUUUGAGUUAUUCAGAAAUAGAAUCCCUUAUUUCAUCUAGUCAUCUGAAUGCGUAUUGUGAAGAAGAGGUUUUCGAAGUAGUUACUCGUUGGGUAGAGUAUGACUAUUUUAAGAGACAGUCACGUUUGCACGACUUACUCAAACACGUCCGAUUGGGAUUAAUCCAGACAGACUACUUUUUCGAGAAGAUAUUUAGACGAACUAUUAUCUUGGAAAACCUCCACAUGCUACCUUGCAUCCACGAGGCGUGGGAUUUUAUUUGUGAUCUUGAUCGAAAUGGGAAUCAGAACGUCGACCUGGAACAACCCCUCGUGAAACCCCGAAUCCCUAAUGACGUUCUGUUCUGUAUAGGCGGCUGGAGUGGUGGUGGACCUAUCACCGCCUUUGAGACGUAUGACACAAGAGCCGAUCGCUGGUUCCGGAAAAACAAAUACGAGGACACAAGCGCUCGAGCAUAUCAUGCAGUGGUGACUAUCAACAAUAAAAUUUACGUCAUUGGAGGGUUUGAUGGGACAUCUUAUUUUAGUAGCGUGCGUUGCUUUGAUCCGGUUGAAAAAUGUUGGAGUGACACAGCUCCGAUGCACCAGGCAAGAUGCUACGUAGCGGCGGCAAUUUUAAACAAAAUGAUAUACUGCUGCGGUGGAUAUAAUGGACGGGCACGUAUGGCUACAGUUGAACACUGGAACCCAGCAACUAACCAAUGGACACUUGUUGGUAAUAUGAACCAGAAAAGAAGUGAUGCAAGUGCCGAUUCCUUUAACGAUGUGCUGUACGUGGCAGGGGGAUUCGACGGGGACAACUGUUUAAAUUCAUUGGAAAUGUACGAACCAGCGUUUAAUCAGUGGACAACACUGACGCCGAUGCAGAAACGACGUAGUGGAUUGAGCGUCGUGACGUUCGACGGUGAAAUUUACGCACUUGGUGGAUUUGAUGGUGUCCGUCGAAUGUCUUGUGGUGAGAGGUUUAAUCCUAGCAGUCAGACGUGGACAGACAUUCCGCCUAUGUACACCGCCCGCAGUAAUUUCGCCGCGGUCAUCUUGGACGGCAUGAUCUUUGUCAUUGGAGGGUUUAAUGGUUCGUAUACCAUUCCUCAUGUAGAGUGUUUCGACUCAACGUCCGAGCAAUGGUACGAUGCUACAGAUAUGCACGUCAAUCGUAGCGCCGUUAGCGCAUGCGUCAUACGUAACCCAGCUUCAAUUGCAGAGUUCACCUAUUAUGGCAAUAUGAAACAAUCUGCAAGAUCUGGGAAUUCCUUGAAUCUGUCAAAGAGUAAUAGUAGCAACGCUGAAUGCCCCCUGAUUGAAAAUCCCGGGGCAAUUCUAGCCGAUGUGUUUAGUACGCACAACUACGCAGAACACGAUGAUGCUGCUAAUGGGGAUAAUGCCGGGGAUGACGGCGCAACGGGAGAUGAUCGUGCCGAGGUUGACGCUACCUCAGAACAAAUGGAGCAAGACAUUUCGAACGAUGGAAACCAAGGGGAUGAUACUGUUCCACAUGAUGAAAACAACAAUCCAGUGAUUGAGCCAAGCAAUGUUCGAGAAGUCGUUGAAAUGGAUGAUAAUGUAUAAAAAUGUGGUCGUUGAACACGCGAACAUAAAGAAUAUUACAACUUCACUAGGUCUCAAAGAAAUGUCACUUUUGAAAGAGUUCAUCAAUAACCGUGUCCUUGAAAUCAAAGAAACUGCAAGAAGCGAUUGUUGAAAUCAAGAAUACAGGUUGACUGGGUAAAUUGUACACCUCCAAUGGAGAAGAAGAACAAGGAGCAAGAUUUGCAGAGGACAAAUGAGUAGACAAUUUACCCAGAGUAACAUCAGAGUAUAAGUCAAUGGUUGUCUUUUUAUCCCAACAUUCAUAUAAGAGAUUUUCCAUCAGCGGUAGGUGGACAAGGUAAAUUGUAAACUUCGAUGUAAAUCAAUCUUUUAUGUUAAUUAGCUAGGCUAACUAAAAAUGUUUACUGAAAUCGAACUACUAAUAAUGAGGUUAUCGGAUCGAGGUUUUAAAACGUUAUUUCUUGAUUCCACUUAUUGGAUAUACACGUAGGCCUGUUGUUUUUGUUUUUGUAAUACAAAAUAGUUACAUUGGAGAUGUUAUUGAAAUUGUAAACCCGCUCUCAUAAAACAUAAAAAAUGAAUCGAAGCGUCUAGUUUGAGUUGUGUAAAGCACAAGAAAUCACUGUUUAAUUUUGAUCUUUGAGACUCUCUCUUGGCUAUAUAUUUUUCAGUAAAGAGUCUGAGUACUAGUAUAUAUGAGCUGUGAAUACCACAACUGGUAAAUGGGGAUUACGUAUGAAAUAUAAAAAUAUUUGAACGAA